CACUGUUGUGAAUAACCAGUUUAUUUUAAGGUAUUAAUGAAAAAAAACAAAACAAAACAAAAAAACCAGGUUACCUAAAGGCAAACGAAUCUAAUAUAAAGUCAACCUUCACCCAGUAAGCUAUGGGCAGAUCAGCCAAAGAGGGAAGGAGCAGUGAGGGCAGUGCCUUUGGCUCUUCCUAUUAAUAUCCAGGACCCAUCAGGACAGGCUGGUGCUCAUUUCUGAGCAUUCAAACAAGUUGGACAGACGGGAUAAAAACAUGGCGGUUUUACUUGGAAGCUACAGUUUACCAUUUCUGGGAGCUAGCAUCUUCAUUGCAGCUCUGACCUACAUCACCUACAAGCUGCUGAGCGGUUACCUCCAUAAGUGGUUCGGAAUGAAAUCCAUUCCAGGGACGGGUUUCUCGUACCCCUUCAUUGGAGAUGCACUGAUGUUCAAAACCGACGCAGGAGAUUUCUUCAGUCAGAUUGUGGGUUUUACACAGGAGUUCAGAGAUGCACCGCUGUUUAAAAUCUGGGUUGGACCAAUUCCCUUUGUUGUCCUUUUUCAUGCUGAAAAUGUUGAGAAGAUUCUGGGUAAUCCUGUUCACCUCACCAAGGCUUUUGCUUACAAAUUUCUCCAUCCUUGGCUUGGAACCGGCCUUUUGACCAGCACUGGGCAAAAGUGGCGACAGAGAAGAAAGAUUCUGACUCCAACCUUCCACUUCUCCAUCCUCACCGACUUUCUGCAAGUGAUGAAUGAACAGGCGGAGAUCCUGGUGGAGAAGCUGGAGAAAAAGGCGGGGAAAGGUUCUUUCAACUGCUUCAGUGACGUCACCCUCUGUGCGCUGGACAUAAUCUGCGAAACUGCGAUGGGAAGGAAAAUUUACGCACAGAGUGACUCAGAGUCAGAGUAUGUCAAGUGUGUAUACAGGAUGAGUGACAUCGUCAGCCACAGACAGAGGACGCCCUGGUUUUGGCCCGACUUCAUCUACUACUACUUCGGUGAGGGGAAGAACCACGACAAGACGCUGAAGAUCCUCCAUUCCUUCACCUAUAAGGUGAUAAAGGAAAGGUCUGAAAACAUGUCCUACAUUGAAUCAGACAGCGACUCUGACCACGGCAAGAGGAGGCGACAGGCUUUUCUGGAUAUGCUCCUGAAAACCACGGAUGAAGACGGCAACAAGCUGAGCCAUCAGGACAUCCAAGAGGAAGUGGACACUUUCAUGUUUGAGGGUCAUGACACCACGGCUGCCGCCAUGAAUUGGGCCCUGCACCUGCUGGGAACCCACCCUGAGGUGCAGCGAAAAGUUCAACAAGAGCUGCACGAAGUGUUUGGUACGUCAGGCCGACCCAUUAACACGGAGGACCUGAAGAAGCUCAGGUACCUGGAAUGUGUGAUCAAGGAGGCUCUGCGGCUGUUUCCCUCGGUGCCUUUCUUCGCUCGAAGCCUCUGUGACGACUGCAAUCUGAAUGGUUUCAAAGUCCCCAAAGGAGCGAAUGCGAUCAUCAUCACCUACACUCUUCACCGUGAUCCGCGGUACUUCCCAGAACCGGAAGAGUUCCGGCCGGAGCGCUUUUUUCCCGAGAAUUCCGCUGGAAGGCCUCCGUACGCAUACGUCCCGUUCUCCGCCGGACUCCGCAACUGCAUAGGCCAACGUUUCGCGCUGAUGGAGGAGAAGGUGGUCCUGGCGUCCAUUCUGCGUAACUUCAACGUGGAGGCCUGUCAGAAACGUGACGAGCUUCGUCCAUUAGGGGAGCUCAUCCUGCGGCCAGAGAACGGCAUUUGGAUCAAACUGGAGAAGAGGGAGCCGCUAGCUUCAUAACUCAGAUUCUUGUCAUGCAUUCAUUCAAUUAUUCAUGAUGUUAAUUUUGUAACCUUUAUAAAUUGAAAGUUGUUGAAACUGAUUUGUAAUCUAAAUGAAUACAAAAAAUUUAACAUUUCUACGGUAUUUUAUUAUUCUUCUACCAUCUUUGUAGCAUGAAAAACCUGAAGGGGCGGUAUUAUGUAAAAUCAACUUUUUUGAGCUCGUUAAUCAUGUUAUGAUGUUAUUCGCUCAUCAAAAACAUAGCUGGAGUGUUGGCUUGAUUCUUUCAUGCAUGUUUGAGAAGUCCUUUAAUCUCCCUUGGCAACCACUCACCAGUGCACAGUUCCUGGGUGGAGCUAGCGUCGCCAUGGAGACGCAGCUCCCCCUCAGAACUGCAGUUUCUAAGCUACUGAUUUUCCAUGUCAAAGAACAGCCCUCCGCUGCAACUCCCUCACUCGGCUCCUUCAGACUAGCCAACAGCAAUUAGCAAACACCUGGAGGAACUGUGACUCUGCUGGGCUCAUUAUAAGAGCUACUUCUCAUUGCAAUGCUGGUACAAAUGUUGUUAAAGGGUUAAUAGAGGAGCCAUUUUGUGAUGACCUCAGGAAGACGGAGUUUCAGAAAGAGCAGAAGUUUUUAAAGAAACAGUGGCCCAAUUUCAAGAAGUUAUAUCAGGAAGUAAAAAUUCUUUUCAGCCAUAUAUUAUAGAUAUUGUAUUUCUAGAAUAAAUGAAGGUAACAUUGUAAUUUGAUUGAGCUAAAAUGACACUAUAUGUCUGAAAAUCACAUAAUCCUGCCCCUUUAAGAUCAUAUCUUGGUCUUAAAGAGUCUGUAUUUGUAUGUUCAUUGCAUCUUGAGGGUGUAACUGUGAAUGGCUGUAAUCCUUCUUGUUAUUGCAUGUGGAACUGGCCUUUCUAGUAAUCAUCUAAAAUGUAUUAAAUCAAUAAUAAAUUUGUGACCUUAGCAUGUGAAUG